GCCUGGGCUGGCUCUCCCUGGCUGUCCCCUCUGUGGUGGUACCCGAGCCGUGUCUGGCGGUGGCCGAGGUGGAGGCAGAUGAGGAAGGAGGGGAUGGGCCUUGUAGUGCGGUAUUAGGGCCCAGUGUUGGUGGUGGUACUAGAGUGGAUGGUAUGGUAGUGCAGAUAAAGCCAAGCACGGCAGUAUUGGAUGUUUGCGGCGGAGAGAAAGUAAAGAAGCUGUCGUCGUUAGCCGCCGCAGAGGCUCCUGGAAUCGAGGAGGUGGUGCCCAGUAAAGCGGGGGAGCCCGCGGAGGAGGAGAGCGGUAGUGUUACAGAGGAGAUGCGAGAGGAGAAGGAGAAGGGGGCCGCUAAGGCCCUAUUAGAGGAGCAGAAGAGGGAAGCAGAGAAGAAGGUUCAGGACGACAUAGAGGAAGUAGAGACCAAGGCCAUAGGGACCUCGCUGGAUGGACGCUUCCUAAAGUUUGACAUCGAGAUUGGACGCGGAUCCUUCAAGACGGUCUACAAGGGCCUGGAUACGGAGACUACAGUGGAGGUGGCGUGGUGCGAACUGCAGGAUCGUAAGCUGUCUAAGACGGAGCGUCAGAGGUUCAAGGAGGAGGCUGAGAUGUUGAAGGGUCUGCAGCACCAUAACAUUGUACGCUUCUACGACUCCUGGGAGUCUCCCUCCAAAGGAAAGAACUCCAAGUGCAUCGUGCUGGUCACAGAGCUUAUGACAUCAGGCACCCUCAAAACGUAUCUGAAGCGGUUCAAGGUGAUGAAGAUCAAGGUUCUGCGUAGCUGGUGUCGUCAGAUCCUGAAGGGGCUCCACUUCCUCCACACCCGGGCCCCUCCCAUCAUUCACAGGGACCUGAAGUGUGACAACAUCUUCAUCACCGGCCCCACUGGCUCCGUCAAGAUAGGAGACCUGGGAUUGGCUACGCUCAAACGGGCCUCCUUCGCCAAGAGUGUCAUAGGUACCCCAGAGUUCAUGGCCCCUGAGAUGUAUGAGGAGAAGUAUGACGAGUCAGUGGAUGUGUAUGCCUUUGGGAUGUGCAUGCUGGAGAUGGCCACCUCAGAGUACCCCUACUCCGAGUGCCAGAACGCUGCACAGAUCUACCGCCGAGUCACCAGCGGAGUCAAACCGGCCAGCUUUGACAAGGUAGCCAUACCAGAAGUGAAGGAAAUCAUCGAGGGAUGCAUCCGCCAGAACAAAGAUGAGAGAUAUGUCAUUAAGAUCCUGCUGAGCCAUGCGUUCUUCCAGGAGGAGACUGGUGUCCGUGUGGAGCUGGCCGAGGAGGACGAUGGGGAGAUGAUCGCUAUCAAACUGUGGCUGAGGAUAGAAGACGUUAAGAAGCUGAAGGGAAAGUACAAGGACAACGAAGCCAUCGAGUUCUCCUUCGACCUCAAUAAGGACUUCCCCGAAGAUGUGGCACAGGAAAUGGUUGAGUCUGGCUAUGUGUGCGAGGGAGACCACAAGACGAUGGCCAAGGCCAUCAAAGACCGAGUGUCUCUGAUCCAAAAGAAGAGAGAACAGAGGCAGCUGGUCAGAGAGGAGUUGGAGAAGAGGAAUCAGAAGCAGCAGCAGCCCCUACAGGCAGCAGAGGCCCUCAGAUCCCCCCAGCAGAGUCAGUCACCCCCCCAGCCCCCCAUAGCCCGGACUGAGAAGGAGGACCCAGAGAUGGACCAGCAGCAGUACCAACAGGCCAACACCUCCAUGACAUCUGACGGCGCGGUGGACAACGGCCAGGGUUCGUCCCUGUUCUCUGAGUCCCAUCUGGGCCAGCUGACCAUGUCCUAUAGCAACAUCCCUGCCACCCAGCAGCAGCAGGGCCAAACCCAGGCCCCCUACCCCUCCCCUUCCCCCCAGCAGCAACAACAGCAGCAGCAGCUCAAUGCCUACCAACAGCAGAACAUGCCGCAGUCUGUGACUCACCAGUACAGCAGUGGAGGAGGAGUCUGGGCCUCAGCAGGCCUUCCGGACCCCACGCCGCCUCUCUUUCUCCCCUCCAUCCUGGAGCGCCCCGUCUCCUUCUCACCGCCGCCUGCCUGCCCUCCCUCCAAGGCCUACAACGCCCAACGCCGCAAGAGCACGUCUAUCUUGGAGGCCCAUACACGCCACUUCCAGCCUGCCUACCGCUACGCCAGCAGUCUGCACCCCUACCACCCAGGGAUGGAGGGGCUGGGCAUGGGUGGAGGAGGAGGAGUGGAUGGGCACCUGGGAGUGGAUCCCUCGUCCCUCUUCAUGGUGCCCGGCUACGGUGCUCCGAGGCUGGGGUCAUUAGGAGAGCCCAUGCACCAGCACCUCCAAGGGCAGUCCCUCCAGGACCCUCUGUACGGGUACAAGGACGUGAGGGCAGAGCAGCAGCAGGAGGAGGUGGUGGAGGCUGUGCGGAGACUGAGUCUGAACCAGGCAGCGUUGCUGGAUCACUUCGAGGCCAUGGCCUAUGGGGGCUACCCCAUGACUGCUCACCAGAUCAACCAGAUCAGCUUCCACCAGCAGAUGCAGGCCGCGGCAGCCGCCAGCCUGGCCGUGUACGACCCUCCACAGCCGGCCUACGCCCAGACCUACCACCCCCACAUGCAGAGUCACAUGCGCCACAGCCCCAUCCCUCAGCUGCCACCCAUGAGCACCUUGAGCCCGCAGGCCUCGGGUACUACCGAUGGGUACCAGCUGCAGCACUCCGCCUCCUUCCCCCAGUCCGCUCCCCCAGUCAUGGAGCCCCCGCAAGGCAGCGUGUUCGAGUUCCACGUCCAAAACAUGGCUACUGCAGCGGCCGCCGCUGGGGCCGACUCUGGCGUGCUGGCCUCUAGACUGUACAGGGCUCGCCGCGGCUCCAUGGACCUCAACCUGGAGGAGCAGGGGGGACCAGGAGGACAGUCAGGGGGGUCUGGGACCUACAGCCGCCUGCAGCCAGUCACUGAGGAACUCUACAGUUACGUCAGCCCUGAGAUGCCUCUCCCUCCCGGGAGCCUGCUACUGCACCAGGGCCAGAAGGACUGCAGCCCGGAACCUUCCAGUGACUCCAUGGCCUCCUCUGACUGUGGAGAUUUCCACUCUCCUCCGCCCCAGUUCGGGGCCGCCUCGGCCGCCCAGUCCAUCCCACACACCUUCUACGGGGCGGAGGCUGGGGGGAGGGACGCCACUGCAGAGGGCCAUGGAGUGGGCCACCCCCAGCCAGCAGACCUUUCUGUUUGUGCCUCCCUCCGAGACCCCUGGGCGUCAGUCCUCUCACUACUGUACAGUGAGCCAAAGCUCAGGCUAGAAUACAGUACUGUGCUGUACAGUGAGCCAAAGCUCAGGCUACAAUACAGUACUGUGCUGUACAGUGAGCCAAAGCUCAGGCUACAAUACAGUACUGUGCAGUAUGUCCAAAAGUCACAAAUAGAUCUUAAUUUACGUUUUGUUUUCUCUCUUGUGUCCAUAUUUCUAUCUCCCUCCAUAUUGUCUCUCCAUCUCUUCACCUAUCUCUCUAUCCUAUUGAAGCAGGUGCAACAGAUCCCAACCUCCCAGCCCAACACUGGACACCCUCUGGCCCCCAACUCCCAGCCAGUCCCCGUCGCCCACCAACAGCAUGGAGGUUACUACGUCACAGCGCUCCCUCCGCAGACCCCCCUGCAGGCCUCUCUCCCCCCCACCUCCCAGCCCAUGGUCUCUCAGCCCCAGCAGCAGCAGGCAGGCAGCACUGUGGUACAGAGCCCCUCUCAGACCCAGCUACCCCCUGGACCACAGCCCACACAGCCCUCUCAGACUGCUCCUCAGCCUUUGUCAUUGGAACAGUCACAGUUACAACCACCACAAGUGCCCUUGUCCAUGGAGAGCGGUCACUCUGACGUGGCGUCCGGUCUGAGCGAUGGAAAUGAUGGAGGCAGACAAGAGGGGCGCUCCAUCAAGCGACACCAGCGGCGCUCCAUACGGAGUCGCUCUCGCACCGACAAGAUUGGCAAAGCAAAGUUGAAUGUACUAAAUAUAUCCAACAUGGGUGACAGGGUAGCUGAGUGCCAGUUGGAAACGCACAACAGAAAGAUGGUGACUUUUAAGUUUGAUCUGGACGGAGAUAACCCAGAGGAAAUAGCACAGAUUAUGGUCACCAGUCUUUUAUACUGGAGAGCGAGAGGGAGUCGUUCAUCGAGCAGGUCCGUGAGGUCAUCGAGAUGGCGGACGAGAAGGGUCUGGAGAAAGAUGGAAACACCCAGAGCAUCAUUGUUAUCCCUUCUAUACCAGAUUGUUUCCCAGAUAGUUAGUGACCUCCAGCUGCAACAGAUCCCUGCUACAUCUGACCCGUUGCCAGGUAUCCCUUCCUGUGCAGCCCAGGUGGUCCACUCUGCAGGCAGGAGGUUUAUAGUCAGCCCCGUGCCUGAGUCCAGACUCAAGGACCAGUUCUUUGCUGACUCAGCGGCUACAGGCUCUGCCCUACUGAGACAAGAUUCACAGUCCUUUAAUGCCGCCCGUGCUGGAGCUGCAGGUCAGGGUCUGUCCCAGUCGGCCUCAGCGGUCAGCCUGCAGCAGGCCUUUUCAGAGAUGAGACAGAAUCAGGGCCAGUACGACCCAGGACCCAGCACCGCUCCUCCCUCCAUCCACAUAGCCUCCCUGGCUGUCCUGGUCCCUGCUGCAGCCACCACCAUCCCAGUCUUCUCCACUGCUCCUAUAGCCUCUGCUCAUCUCCCCCAUGCUCAGCUUCCCCUCCACCUCCACCUCUCCACCUGCAACCAUCCACCAGGCCACCGCCCCAUCCCCACCCAGCUCCAGUCUGUUGCUACCCAGCCUCUCCUUUCCCAGGCCCCUCUCACCCUGCCGGUGACCCAACCCGUGGUCUCCUCCACCUCUGGCCCAGGCUCCAUCCCUGGUGGUCCCACCACCUCCAUACCCACGACAGUCCUUUGUCAUUCCGCCACGGCCCCCCUGGUCAGCAGCUGUAGCAGUGGUAGCGGAGGUGGAGGAAGCUCAGAGCAGCUCCCUGUCCCUUCCACUGCUAUCCCCCAGCUCACCGCUACCGUAGUCCCCACCACAGCUAUCCAAGGCCCCCUGCUAGCCCCCUCCGUUGCUAACCCCAGUGCAGAGCUCCCUUCUUCCUCCUCGCCUGUAGCUUCUCUAGCCCCAGGGGCCACGGUCCCUACCUUACAGCCCGUCACCACCACCAUCCCCGUGGUCCAGCCCACCCUGGUGCACACCCAUCCCCAGCCCGCUACAAUGCCCAACCAGACCCACGCCCAGUGUGGGGAGUGUGAGGCGGCCCUGGGCAUUGAUGACAUCCACACGCUGGAUAAGAAGCUUCGCUCCUCUUCAUGGACUUGGGUGGCGGUGGAACCACCCAGGCCGAUGGCUCUGUCGACCCAGCCGGAGGCACUGGUGUCCCGGGAACCUCUUCCCCAACCGGCCCCUCAUCCACCCCCAGCUCCACAGGCACCCCCCCGGCCCCCCUCCAGCCUCCCCCUGGCCUCCUCAGGACCAGGGCAUGUCUCUGGGACCCCCCUCACCACCCCGGGACAGGCUGGGACCCCUUCCACCUACACCCAGACUACCCCCGCCAAAGCACCUCUGUCUAGGUUACCGGUGUUGCCUGUGGGCUCAGAUCAGGCUCAGGCUGGCCCCCCUCCUCCCUCAGACCACAUGGCACCCUUCCCAGGACCCUGUCUAACUCAGUCCCAGCAGCCUCUGGAAGACCUGGAUGCCCAGCUGAGGAGGGCCCUGAGCCCAGAGACUGUCUCUGUCAGCUGUGUCACCACACAGUCCUCCCUCACUGGGAUGCCUGCAGGUGGCCAGCCAGUGCCUUUCUCGCUGGAAGGGGAACCAAUCACGACGCCUAUUGCUGGAGGAUUCCAACUGGGACGAUUCCAGGUCUCUGUGGCUGCAGACCAGGGUCCCCACAAAAUCGAGGGAGGGAGCCCCACAAAAUCCUCCUCCACCUCCUCUUCCUCCUCCUCUCUCUCCAGCCCGGAGAACACACUGCACAAUAUCUCCUCCCCUCUGCGUGGCGGUAAGACUGGUGGGGGAGAUGUUGUGGACGGCCUGCCCUCCCUCCCCCACCGGACCGCCUCCCCUCAGCCCACCACCGUUGGCCGCUUCCAGGUCACCACCAACGCACCGGAUGCCAGGGUGGGCCGCUUCUCAGUGAGCCGAGCCCAGGAUGAGGCAGCCGAGGCUGUGUUCGAGCAGCCACCCGCUUCCCAGGCUAACGGGCCUAGUACUGAUCCUGGCUCGGCCACCAUGCUCUUCAGCCCAGAGGACAAACAGAGCUCCCUGCCCAGCCUCAACAACUCCUACAUGAGCUCUGAUAACGACUCGGAGUUUGAGGACGAGGACUUGAAGAGGGAGGUCAACCCGGUUACGGGAAAAGCUGGGCAAGGUGCCUCCAGCCGUGGUGGUCCCUCCAGCUGUAGCCCUGGCCGGUCGCGGAGACGACCCACCAAAAGCAAGAGCAGCAAGUCCAGCCGCUGUAGCUCCUCCCAGGGCAGCAAGAGCCCCCUGCAGCCAGGCAGCACUUUAUCUGCACAGAGCGCCCCCUCAGUGUACCCACCCUACCAGGCUCUCCUCCUGGCCCCUGUGGGCCUCCCCGACCCCAACCUCCACCCUGCCUCAGGGAGCCGACCCCGGCCCCUCAAGCAUCUCGGCCCCUCCAGUGAGAACCUGUGCUCUGCCUACACCAGCGAAGCUACGCUGUCCGUGCCCAGUCUCUGUGCCCCCACCCAGUCUCUCCCCCUCUCUUUUUGUACCACAGGCUGUGUAACGUUCAGCUGUGGGUCGGAGAGAGUGACCAUCAAACCAGGUGGUGGCAGAAGGACCCGUUUUCUGAGGAAGAUGGUGAAAAAAGUCUGCCCCUGCAACCAACUCUGUAGGACCAGCAGCACCAACACAGUGAGUGGUCCAGGAGGCCAGGGUCCAGGACCAGGUUCAGGGGGUCAGAACCAGGGCCAGCCUUCUCCCAACCCCCCUCAACAGGGCCGGAAGGGCACGUUCACCGACGACCUGCACAAGCUGGUUGACAACUGGGCCCGCGACGCCAUCAGUCUGUCCCAGGGCAAGAGUCGCUCCAAACACCAACAGCAACCCUCACAGGGACACAGCUACCAGGCGACCCCGUCGACCAAUAAGGGCCGUAAGUUCUCCGCCCCGAGUCAGCUGUGCCCCAGCAACGCCUCUUCCACCCCCGCUACCUCUCUGGGAGGCCGCAAGGGCUCCUUGUGUCCCCCUCCCCAGUACGGCGGGGUCGGGGCAUGCUACCCCUCCUCUACUGCACCUUACAGCAGCGCCCAGUGGGUGGGAUCCACGGGGUCCACAGGGCCGGGACAGGGUCAGGCCGGUAUGUUAGCCUCCUCUCAGCCCCUGGUUGCCUCCUCCUCGCAGUACCCCUCCUCUGCCACUGGGGGGCAGGGCUCCCUGCAGGGCUUCCACCACAUCAGCACUUUGCAGAAAUCCGUCAGCAACCCUGGAGGCCCCAACCUGAGGACCACGUAGUGUCCAUGAGGGGAUGUUAGCCAUGCCGGGCUGAGGGACUGACAGACUGAGGGAGAGAGAAAUGAGGAGAGAAGGGUGUCUGUGUUACAAGGGGGAGAGGGGCUUGUGUGUUACAAGCAA